AUGGGUCAGACCUUGUCGGAGCCCGUGGUUGAGAAGGUGUCGGCCGAAGGUGGAGAUGACUGCUGUUUGUACGGCGUGUCGGCCAUGCAGGGCUGGCGUAUCAGCAUGGAAGACGCUCACGCAGCCGUACUGGACCUUCAAGCAAAGUACACCGGUAGCGACAACGGUAAACCGACAGAUCCGGAUCAGCGUCUAGCCUUCUUUGGUGUAUACGACGGCCACGGUGGCGACAAGGUUGCUCUGUUCACAGGCGAGAACCUGCACAAGAUCGUCUCCAGGCAGGAAUCUUUCGCCCGAGGAGACAUUGAACAGGCUCUCAAGGACGGCUUCCUAGCUACCGACCGGGCUAUUUUGGAAGACCCAAGAUACGAAGAGGAAGUGUCUGGAUGCACUGCCUCAACAGCAAUUAUCUCCAAGCGCAAGAUCUGGGUGGCGAACGCCGGUGAUUCCCGAUCAGUCCUUGGUGUUAAGGGCCGUGCGAAGCCGCUGUCUUUUGAUCACAAGCCCCAGAACGAGGGCGAGAAGGCUCGUAUUAGCGCUGCGGGCGGUUUCGUUGACUUCGGCCGUGUCAACGGUAACCUCGCUCUGUCCCGCGCCAUCGGUGACUUUGAAUUCAAGAAGAGCCCUGAGCUGUCGCCCGAGCAACAGAUUGUCACCGCCUACCCCGAUGUGACGGUGCACGAACUUACCGAUGACGACGAGUUCCUCGUUAUUGCUUGUGACGGUAUCUGGGACUGUCAAUCCUCCCAAGCCGUGGUGGAGUUCGUCCGAAGGGGUAUCGCCGCCAAGCAGGACCUUUAUCAGAUUUGUGAGAACAUGAUGGACAACUGCCUGGCUUCCAACAGUGAGACUGGUGGUGUGGGCUGUGACAACAUGACCAUGACCAUCGUCGGCCUUCUCAACGGCAAGACCAAAGAAGAAUGGUACAACCUGAUUGCGGAACGGGUUGCGAACGGAGACGGACCCUCCGAGUUCCGCGGCCCCGGGAUCCGGAACCAGUUUGAGGACAACCCCGAUGACUACGAUUUGGAGAUGGAGCGCUCGCGAGCUUUCAGCACGCGCUCAGGCCGAAUUAUCCUGCUUGGCGAUGGCACCGAGGUCAUCCCCGACCAGAAUGAGGAGGAGCUUUUCGAUCAGACCGAAGACCACCAGGUGCAACCGACCGAUUCUGCCCGCAUCUCUCGCGAGGAUACACCUGGCCCCCAGAGCAAGCAAGAGGGCACUUCCGCUCAAAUAUCCGAGUCCCCAGCCUCGACCGACGACAAAGACAAGGCGACAUCCUCGUAG